AUGAAACGAUUCUUCAAGCCCAUAGAGAAAGACGGCUCAACGGUGGCUAAAAAACCCUGCCUCUCGCCGGAAAAGAGCGACGGAGACAGAGACGGAGCUGAAAAGGGGAGGAACGAGACAGAGCCGUCCAAGUUUUUGACGUGGAACGCUAACAGCUUCCUCCUUCGAGUGAAAAACGACUGGUCAGAGUUCUCUGAGUUCAUCUCCGAUUUCGACCCGGAUGUCAUUGCCAUACAGGAAGUAAGAAUGCCUGCUGCUGGUGGGAAGGGAAAACCUAAAAACUAUGAAGAGUUGAGCGAUGACACGAAAGCUUUGCGUGAGGAAAAACAGAUUUUGACACGGGCUCUCUCAAAUCCACCAUUUGGAAAAUAUCAAGUUUGGUGGUCUCUUGCGGACUCCAAGUAUGCAGGGACAGCUUUGUUAGUGAAAAAGUGCUUCAAGCCCCAAAAAGUUUACUUUAACCUUGACAAAUUAGCAUCUAAACAUGAACCUGAUGGUCGUGUGAUCUUAGCUGAAUUUGAGACAUUUCGUCUCUUGAAUACGUAUUCGCCUAACAAUGGUUGGAAAGACGAGGAGAAUGCGUUUCAGAGGAGAAGAAAAUGGGACAAGAGGAUGGUGGAGUUCCUCACCAAAGCGUCUGAUAAACCUAUAAUAUGGUGUGGCGACUUAAAUGUUAGUCAUGAGGAAAUGGAUGUUAGCCAUCCAGACUUUUUCGCAUCAGCAAAGCUUAAUGGUUAUGUUCCUCCAAACAAAGAGGACUGUGGACAGCCUGGAUUUACACCAUCUGAGAGAGGACGCUUCGGUUCACUAAUGAAAGAAGGAAGGCUUGUUGAUGCGUACCGGUAUCUACACAAGGAACCAGACGUGGAAAGUGGCUUCUCUUGGUCUGGAAAUCCUAUUGGAAAGUACCGGGGAAAGAGGAUGAGGAUCGACUAUUUUCUUGUCUCUGAACAGCUCAAAGACCGGAUAGUUUCUUGUAAGAUGCAUGGUCGUGGGAUAGAAUUAGAAGGUUUCUAUGGGAGUGAUCACUGUCCGGUUACACUUGAGCUUUCGAAGCCAUCUUCUGAUUCGGAAGAGAACCAGGUGUCUUAA